GAUAUAUUAGGUUCAUAUCCAUAUCCUCAGAGCAGUCAGACACGACAGAGACAGACCACACUCAUCUAUCACGAUUACGUCAUGAUGAUUUACGUUAAAUCCCUCUCAUUCCUCCACGACGACCUUCACGCAGGAAAAAAUUUUUUACCAAGUAACUUUUAGUUUUACUCCCCCACCCAUAUUACCGCAGGUUACAACAAAUGGAUAGAAGCGCUCACUGAUUACUUUCCCCAUAGCCCUCGAAGCAUACUAGAUCUCGAAGUACAAGUAGGUACUAGAAUUAUGCCGCGUCAAUGAAUAUCAAGGCACGAGAGAAGAUGUUCUCGAUCAUGAACCUGAACGAAUAAGUACAUACAGAUGAAUGGAUAAUCUAGUACACAAGAAGAUUAACGUUAAGAUAGUAAGUAAAUAGAACGAGUAGUUGUAAUAUCGUGUUGGUGUUUUCCGGUCAUACUCUUAAAAUUUCGCAGUACUUCACAUCAUCCUCGUCAUGGACAAAAUGAAGCUGCGCGAAGACUUUGACGUGGGUUCCUGAUCUAAUCUGAAUGACUACUCCUCGUCACAAGACUUAACCUGUGAACGGCGAGUCAGAUCCUAUCCUUAUUCUGUCCUAUACCUAUACCCAUAUUGAUACCUACACCUAUCCUAUUUUAUCCUAUCUUAUCCUAUAAUCCUAUACCUAUCCUCUACCAAUGAUCGGAUCCAAUCGAUUUUGAGGAUCAUAUUGAUGUCCUCGUGAGCAAAAUGAACUACCUGGUGGACACCAGUGUUUUCGACGAGUGGUGGAAGUCGUCAAGUCGUGAGCAUUUAGUCGCAGCCGAGGAGGCGCUUUUGGCCGACUUGCAGGGCUGGUCUCUGAGUGACACCGAGGUCUCCAAGAAACUGUUUGUGCACAGCAUCGAACUGAAGCCACUCUCAUCGUUACCUCCUCGACCCGAUCUUGAUGGAGAUGCUCAUUUGGCUAGAUCUGUGGCGUCGAAUGGAGGGAGUGCCGCAGCUGGAGUACAACCUCAGAAGAAUGGUAGUACGCCGAAUAGAGUAGUAGAUAAUGAUGAGGUAGUUGGAGACAACAAGCAGCCUAAUAUUAGAGAUGAGCAGUGCAAAAAUGGAGAACGUCGGGUUGGACAACAACAAGUGGGCGAUGUUGAGCCGCGACGCGCGAGCACUCUGUGGAUGAGGGAUAGACGCGAUUCAGCUGCUCAAGAUGACAAGAAGUCUUCCGAGAAAGAUCAUCGUAAAGGCAUCAACACUGAUGUGCUACCCGCAUACGCGUCGUCUAGUACUACAACAUCAAGUGAAAAAUCGACGGCCUCCACGAGCAACACGAGGACCUCCACUGCAGAAAAAGUUGUAAAACAAGACAGUGAAGAUAGUCCUCCAGUACUUGAUAAGAAACUGCAAGAACAAGGAAAGGAAAAGGAGGACGAUUCCACUUCUUCAUCAUCCUCAUCUACUUCUUCUACAUCUUCCUCAUCCUCGGCUUCCUCGUCUUCCUCGUCCUCCGCGGAAGACGACAAGGAUGCGCGAGACGACGACGUCAUCACCAGGGGAAUCUUAUUAAACCAGGAGGACGAAGCUCGACGUGCGCGUUCCCACGAGGAUGGUUCUAGCGCAACGACUACGACCUCGACCUCUACUAGUAGCAGAAUGUUAUUAAGCAGAGAUGAUGAAAGUGAAACAACUGCUGCAUCAGGACCUACACCUACAAGAACAGAAACAGUUUCUGCUAAAACGCCUUCUAAAACGCAAGAACCAACGCAAGAAUCAAGCAGAUCUAGAAGUGGGGGAACGUCUAGUCGAAGUGGCGCGAGUUCUACAACCAGUGCUGCUACAACUUCUACUACAACUACAGCCUCUACAACAUCUCAACAAAAAUCGAAAUCCAGAAAAUCGCCUUCAACCAGAACAUCUAAACCCUUUUCUGCGGGUCCGCAUCUGGUCCUCCUUCCCGGGUACGGAAUGGGCUGUGCUACCUACGCCUUGUGCCUACAGGGACUACGUUUAAGGCUUCCCCUAAUCAUCUAUCCCUUCUAUCUUCUAUAGGGAGGGACGAUCCCUCAAUAUGUUGGUGGGAGAUACUCCUGACGCAUAUGCUUGAGGGAUUAUUUCCACAGGGAUGAAUUAGAAUUAUAGGGGACUGAGAGCUCUAAUGCGUGAGGUCUUUCCAAAUCACUACAUACACGUGAUGGACUGGCUCGGAUUUGGUUUGUCCUCCCGUCCGAGUUGGGACCACGAAGCGACCGUGGAUGAGAACGAAUCUUUCUUCGUCGACGCGAUCGAAGGGUGGCGAAGGAAAAAAGCCAUUCGAGAAUUCAUACUCAUCAGCCAUUCCUUAGGCGGCUACCUGGGUAUUGCUUACGCAGAGAAGUACCCGGGACAUGUGACCGACUUGAUCCUGGCGUCUCCGAUGGGACUUGCUCGUAGACCCCCAGAGGAAGACAUGGCGAAACACUGGGACCAACAACCGUGGUAUAGCAGAUACUACCUUAAAAGUGUCGGAUACUUUUGGGAGAAAAACUACACGCCGUUCGAGGUCGUUCGAUUUCUAGGCUGGCCGUUAGGGGGGAAAGCGCUGGCGAUGAACUACGCAAACAAUCGCUUCGCAGAUAACGGCCAGUUUCAAGGAUCGGUAUUUCUACCGAAGAUUGAUGUUUGUGCUUCUAUCUUUGUUUCUUUCCUCUUUUUUAUCCUCCACUACCUAAGGCUACUAAUUGUAAUUCGUUUUCGUUGAAUGGUCUGAUCUCUAGCUGCUAUAGGUCGUGGUUCUUGUCCUACUUCUCUUACUUUGCCAAGAAGUACAACUCAACAAGGGGGACUUGUUCUAAUUCAUGUUGCACAUGGAGCUUUUGACAAAACAAGCCUCGUCUAUUAAUAUUCACUGAGAAGUUGUACUCACACAUAUUACCACGAUUAUAGAUGACACGCGGCAAUCUUGGCGAGUAUAUGUACCACUGUUUCGUGGCACACCAUGACGGAUCAGCCGAAUACGCCAUUGGAUCGCUGAUGUCGCCUGGCCCCUAUGUGAAGAAGCCUGUCGCUGACCGCAUUGUGAAGCUGAGUGUGCCACGGAUCUCCCUGAUCUACGGUGAGACUGACUGGAUGGACUACGGCGCGGCGCAAGCGAUGCUAGAAUGGGUAGUGCUUUCAAGGUCUAGGCGGGCUCUUCGGGAUUCCUCCAGCAAAAAGCAUUCAAUACAACAACCGCCCUUUAGUACUACUACUAUGGCAACAUCUUCUUCAUCAGGCGAGCAGUGGGCCAACAUGAAAAGAGAAGGAGCAAACAAGACCGUUGGAGCUUCAGGGGGAACUGGAUCCUCGAUUGACACUAAGUCCCCAACUCUGCGGAUGUCGGUCACAGAUUUUGUUCUGGAAGAUGAGGUCGAAGGUAUCAAAGCGAUAUCCCCAAAACAAGCAAGGAGCAAAACAAGAAGCACGAAACUACAAACAAAAGAUGUUGAAGAUCAUAUCAAAGCAAUCAAAACAAGCACGAACAAACAAGAGGACGACAAGAAGAACUUCAACAAAGAUGCAACUACGACUGAAGAUCAUCAGGAGCCUCAAAAUGAACCCGUUAGCUUGCCGCUAGCUUGUGAUAAAGGAGGAACAAAGCCUACUGUUUCUAGAUCCACAUCAGACGAAGCGCUUGUACUACGUGGAAACAAGGACGUAGGCAAAGAUAAAGAAGAAGACGGUGAUGAAGAAGAUGCGGCGGCGAAAAUCGACAAGAACUCAUCUAAGAAAACGUCCACUUCCGCCACGGUAGCCGAUGAUACGAAGAAAGCAGGUGUAGCCAAAACCGAAAACGAGACCGCAGAAACGACAGCUGCUAACGAGCCAACAACAGCUAACAAGGGAACCUACCAGCCUCAAGAACGUGUUUUUCGAUCAGCCUCUCGGUUUGAGGAUGUCGUACAUUCUACUCCAUCCAGUCAAGAACUAGAAGAAUGGAAAAGGACACCUGCUGCAGCCCUAAAAAAGAACGGCGCCGCCCCUGCAGACGUCCCAAAAACCUCUACUUCGGAACAAGUUCCUUUAACUAGUAGAGGUGCUUCAGCUCCUUCAGCUUCUAGUACAGUUCAGAGUUCUACUAUCACUGUCUCAAAAGUAGGAGAAGAUGAUGCGAGCAGUAUUUUCAAAUUGCGAAGGGAUUCAGGUCAAGAACGGGAGACCCACGUCGUCUUCGGUGCGCCGCCUUCGAUAAAGAAAUCCUCAAAAAACACAGUCUGGGUUAGCCCUCACGAGUGCCGUUACCGCGUGGCUAGACGCGAUCUCCUUUUCAUUCCUAACGCGGGACACCAGCUCUACCUCGACAACCCAGAAAUGUUCGUCCGUGCCGUACAAAACGCCUACUACGAUCCCCAUAUGAUUCUGAGGCAGAGCGAGUAGUUGUGCAAGUAGAACUACUCCGACUUUGGAUUUUUACUUAUAGGAUACUUAACUACCUCUACAACUUUGACAAAUUUAUUCUCGUGAAGAUGCACAAGGACAAGCACAGCUCUUUUCAUUGUGAAGUUGCACGACCGUUAUACUAAAUACUUGCACAACAUCAGUUGUACUUCUACUUCUUGUUGCUGGCUACUCUUUGGUACGAACAGCCUAUGCUUGGCUGAUGGACAUCCGUAGCACAAGUGUCUGGAUCUUCCAUUGCGCCAUACUUUUUGAGUAGAUCAGUAGAUUGUAUAGCUAAAAAUGAACAGAUGAUGAUCAACGGCAUUGCUGAAAAACAUAUUGCAGAUGCAGACGAAGCUGGUGAUUAUCAUUAUGUACAAAUGUUUGGCUUGGCAGGUCUUCAUCUAGUGCUAGAAGUAGAAGAUGUUCUAGUGCGGUUCGCUGUUUCUCAAGGAACGAAAUGCAAUUGCAAAGCUGCAAGACGAACAUUAUUUUUAUUUUCCUACCGAAAGAAUUGAAUUGAUGAAAAAGAAAGUCGUCUCGUUGGUUGUUG